UCGUGUCUCUGCAGGUUGCGAGGACCCGAUUCGGACUUUUCGAGCGAUAACCUUUUUUUCUGCUCCGCGAAGCACGGACCACCCGAGGAAGUCCGCGGCCUCAAAUAUGAACCUUUUUUGGGCAGUCCCGCGCCGCAAGUCCCUCGCUUUUGCGCCUUGCAAUUUAAAUCUUGCGUGCUCUCGAUUGCUUCAUCAAGAACCAUGAAGAGAAAGGCAGAUAAACCGCAAGCAGCUGCUCCGGUCAGCGCCUUUGCGGCUCGCAAAGCUCGGCAGCAACAGGCGCAAAGCGCGGCAGCAGCUGUCGAAAAACCAGUCGCUUUCGAACCGGCUGGUGAGCCUCCGUCGAAGAAAGCCCGACGCUCUCCCGAAGAAGCAACUGCAGGCGAGCAGGAACGAACCCAGCCGAGACGAUCUACGAGGCGAAAGGAUGUUGAUCCGGUCGAGCAACCAGCAGAAGAGGCGCGCAGGGUAACACGCUCGCACAAAGCUCCGCAGCCAAAGGCACAGGAUAUUGCCCCAUCGACUGAGGAGCACGCUUCAUCAGACGCAGAGUCGGAGGCAGAGAAUGCCGCAGUGGAGGAAGCCAAUGGUGUCGGAUUCACCCCGCUGCAGGGAGAUGAUGACGAAUACGAAUCUCCCGCGGAUACCCCUGUGCAAAUGCAGGACUUCCCGCUGUCAAAGACGCGGUUGAACAAGAACAAUGUGGUGUACAGCGACGAGCAUAGGCUCUGCGUCCGGAUCAAGGAGAAGAUGAGUCUUGUGUUUAUCGGGCAUUACGAUCUCUGGGUCAAGCGUGGUGUGGUGAGCCUCAUGGGCGCAAAAUUGCACCCUUCCUCCCGAGUCUACAGAGUCUACGCCCCCUCGACGCAUUCCUUGCCUGUGAUCAAAUGCGUUUCUGGCGUUGAUGGUGCGGCUGAGGUCGAGGUGAAGUCAUGCCACAGUGGAAUCUAUCGUCUCAGGCAUCUGUCGCCAUUGUAUGAACGGGUAUGGAACAGCAAGAACACGGCAGCCGACAAGCUCACACUGAAAAACGUGUCACCAUCGACCAAGCGCACAUUCUCAGUGCUGUACACAUCUGCGGACGACUCCUUGAAGAGACAUCUCCGACCCCUGCACCUUGAGAAGCAGUGGAGCUCGGCCAUCAAGUCCCUGUCUCAGCGCGGUGGACGACUGCGAGCACUGAUCUGUGGUCCCAAGGGCUCUGGAAAGUCCACUUUUAGUCGCUACCUUCUUAACCACCUUCUCAGUCCUGCUCCGCAGACCGAGACAAGCCAUCGCAACACCGAUGGUGUCGCCUUCCUCGACCUUGAUCCCGGCCAGCCCGAGUUCUCUCCUAUGGGACAAGUGUAUCUUGCCCAUCUCCGUUCACCAGUCUUUGGUCCUCCAUUCUCUCACCCAUCGCUAGAUGACUCUCGCAACGGCACUAUUGUACGAGCGCAUCACAUCGGAGCGAACUCGCCCAAGGAAGACCCUGACCACUAUGUUUUAGCGGCGAAGGAUCUCAUGGAUCGGUACCGCUCUCUGCUGGCGGACUACCCGCAAUGCCCUCUAAUCAUCAACUAUCCAGGCUGGAUCUUUGGACUUGGCCUUGAGGUAGCAACCUACCUUGUGAGCUCUCUCGGUCUGUCAGACGUCGUCUACAUGAGUGACAAGGGCCCUGCCGAGGUGAUUGAACCUCUGGGUCAAGCCGCCUCUCAGGCCAAAGUGCCUCUGACCAUUCUUCCCUCCCAACCCACCGAUUUUGUGAGCCGGUCCAGCGCUCAGCUCCGCUCCAUGCAGAUGCAAUCCUACUUCCACAUGACUCACCCCAGCGACAUGGAAACGCCAUUAUGGCACGGGCAGCCCCUCGCGCGCACCCAGCCGUUCCAGGUUCAUUACUCUGGUCCCAAUCAGGACAUUCAAGGCAUCAUGGUGAUGGGCUCACAAAUUCACCCUGACCUUCUUUCCGAAGUUCUCGAGGGAAGCAUCGUUGCCAUCGUCGCUGUGGAAUCCUCCAAUGCCCUUCUCGGCAGUACUUCUACCCCCGACUCUACAACCACGACCCCAGCUGUCGCCGUCGACGCUGCCUCCGACAUAAUCAUGGCCGACGAUGAUGACCACACGAACAGACCACAGCCCGCGACAACAGACCUCAGCUCAAACAUCGCCCGCACCCCCGAAUCCCUUCCGUACCUCUUUGCCGGCUCCGGCAGCUCCAAUCCCUUCGACCCGCGCAAAUCCCAUAGUCUAGGCCUCGCCCUCGUCCGCUCCAUUGAUCCCGCCUCCCACACCAUCGACCUCGCCACCCCGAUUCCCAGUUCACGGAUUCAAAGGGCCCGCCAACACGGCCACGCCCUGGUCCUCGUGCGCGGCCUUUUGGACAACCCAAACUGGGCAAUCAGCGAGGACUACUACGCGGCCCGCUCGGAGCAGAAGCGGUACCGGGACUCGCUCGAGAAGCUCGCCAAGCGGAAUACCAGCAAGGCAGUCGUCGACGCUGAAGAGGCGCGCAGGCAACAGCGGGUGGCGGAGAUGCUGAAGGAUCGCGUUCGCAGGGCCAGCACCAACGUGCCCUGGAUGACGGUGAUUGAGGACCACAGGAACCGGCAGGCGGACGGUGCGGCGGGCACGCAGCGGGAGAAGGGGCUGUGGAAGUUGAGGAAGCAGGCGUAUGCGGGGAGUGGCAGCGAGGGGGAGGGGGAUUGGUAGAGUGGGUAGUGGGACUGGGGCUGUGGGAUUGGUUAUCGUAAUAAUCACCACCCAAGGUGUAUAUAGAUGUAGAUUGGAUUGGUUGGUGGAUUACGUGAAAAGUUGGUUUUCUCUCGGUCAUAGACGUAUACAUC